AUGGCUGACAGCACCUUGCCACCCUUAUCUGCAGCAGCCCCGGCCCCUGAGCCGGGAAUCACUGAGCAGCCAGGGCCCCGGAGUCCCCCUCCGUCCCCUCCAGGCCUGGAGGAGCCACUGGAUGGAACCAACCCUGAAGUCCCACACCCAGACCUGGCACCUGUUGCCUUCUUCUGCCUGCGCCAGACCACGAGUCCCCGGAACUGGUGCAUCAAGAUGGUAUGUAACCCAUGGUUCGAGUGUGUGAGCAUGCUGGUCAUCCUGCUGAACUGUGUGACCCUGGGCAUGUACCAGCCAUGUGACGACAUGGAGUGCCUGUCGGACCGCUGCAAGAUCCUGCAGGUCUUCGAUGACUUCAUUUUCAUCUUCUUCGCCAUGGAGAUGGUGCUUAAGAUGGUGGCCCUGGGCAUUUUUGGCAAGAAGUGCUACCUCGGGGACACAUGGAACCGCCUGGAUUUCUUCAUUGUCAUGGCAGGGAUGGUCGAAUACUCUCUGGACCUUCAGAACAUCAACCUGUCAGCCAUCCGUACUGUGCGUGUCCUGAGGCCCCUCAAAGCCAUCAACCGUGUGCCCAGCAUGCGGAUCCUGGUGAACCUUCUGCUCGACACACUGCCCAUGCUGGGAAAUGUGCUCCUGCUCUGUUUCUUCGUCUUCUUCAUCUUUGGCAUCAUUGGCGUGCAGCUCUGGGCAGGCUUGCUGAGGAACCGCUGCUUCCUGGAGGAGAACUUCACCAUACAAGGGGAUGUGGCCCUGCCCCCUUAUUACCAGCCGGAGGAGGACGACGAGAUGCCCUUUAUCUGCUCCCUGUCGGGCGACAAUGGCAUCAUGGGCUGCCACGAGAUCCCCCCGCUGAAGGAGCAGGGCCGAGAAUGCUGCCUGUCUAAAGAUGAUGUGUACGACUUUGGGACGGGGCGCCAAGACCUCAAUGCCAGUGGCCUCUGCGUCAACUGGAACCGUUACUACAACGUCUGCCGCACGGGCAACGCCAACCCUCACAAGGGCGCCAUCAACUUCGACAACAUCGGCUAUGCCUGGAUUGUGAUCUUCCAGGUGAUCACUCUGGAAGGCUGGGUGGAGAUCAUGUACUACGUGAUGGAUGCGCAUUCUUUCUACAACUUCAUCUACUUCAUCCUGCUCAUCAUAGUGGGCUCCUUCUUCAUGAUCAACCUGUGCCUCGUUGUCAUAGCGACCCAGUUCUCGGAGACCAAGCAGCGGGAGCACCGGCUGAUGCUGGAGCAGCGCCAGCGCUACCUGUCCUCCAGCACGGUGGCCAGUUACGCCGAGCCUGGCGACUGCUAUGAGGAGAUCUUCCAAUAUGUCUGUCACAUCCUUCGCAAGGCCAAGCGCCGUGCCUUGGGCCUCUACCAGGCCCUGCAGAACCAGCGCCAGGCCGCGGGCCCGGGGACACCGGCCCCUGCUAAGCCUGGGCCCCACGCCAAGGAGCCCAGCCACUGCAGUUCAAGCCCCACGCGGCAUGGUGGUAAUGCUGGUGCUCUGGACAUAGAACAGGAGGAUCAGAAGUUCGAGGGCAUCCUUAACUUUGUGAAGCUGUGCCCACGACACAGUCCCCUGGACCCCACUCCCCACACUCUGGUGCAGCCCAUCUCGGCUAUUCUGACCUCUGACCCCAGCAGCUGCCCACGCUGCCAGCCUGAGGCAGGCAGGAGGCCCUCGGGCCUGGGCAGCUCGGACUCUGGCCAGGAAGGCUCCGGAUCCGGGGGCUCUGCCGAGGCUGAGGCCAACGGGGACGGACCCCAGAGCAGUGAAGAGGGGACCUCCUCCGGCUUGGGGAAGGAGGAGGAGCAGGAGGAGGGUGCAGCCCGACUGUGUGGCGACGUGUGGAGAGAGACACGAGCCAAGCUGCGAGGCAUCGUAGACAGCAAGUACUUCAACAGAGGCAUCAUGAUGGCCAUCCUGGUCAACACUGUCAGCAUGGGCAUCGAGCACCAUGAACAGCCCGAGGAGCUGACGAACAUUCUGGAGAUCUGUAAUGUUGUCUUUACCAGCAUGUUUGCCCUGGAGAUGAUCCUGAAGCUGGCUGCCUUUGGGCUCUUCGACUACCUGCGGAACCCUUACAACAUCUUUGACAGCAUCAUCGUCAUUAUCAGCAUCUGGGAAAUCGUGGGGCAGGCGGACGGAGGCCUGUCUGUGCUGCGCACCUUCCGGCUGCUGCGGGUGCUGAAGCUGGUGCGCUUCAUGCCGGCGCUGCGGCGCCAGCUCGUGGUGCUCAUGAAGACCAUGGACAACGUGGCCACCUUCUGCAUGCUGCUCAUGCUCUUCAUCUUCAUCUUCAGCAUCCUUGGGAUGCAUAUCUUCGGCUGCAAAUUCAGCCUCCGCACGGACACUGGAGACACAGUCCCCGACAGGAAGAACUUUGAUUCCUUACUGUGGGCCAUUGUCACAGUGUUCCAGAUCCUCACUCAGGAGGACUGGAAUGUCGUCCUCUACAAUGGCAUGGCCUCCACCACUCCAUGGGCCUCCCUCUACUUCGUUGCCCUCAUGACCUUCGGCAAUUAUGUACUCUUCAAUCUCCUGGUGGCCAUCCUGGUCGAGGGCUUCCAGGCUGAGGGUGAUGCUAAUCGCUCCUACUCUGAUGAGGACCAGAGUUCAUCCAACAUGGAGGAGUUUGACAAGCUCCCAGAAGUCCUGGACAACAGCGGGGAUCUCAAGCUUUGCCCAAUACCCAUGACACCCAAUGGACACCUGGACCCUAGUCUCCCCCUGGGUGGGCAUCUGGGUCCUGCUGGUGCCAUGGGCACUGCCCCCCGCCUCUCACUGCAGCCGGACCCGGUACUGAUGGCCCUAGACUCCCGCAAAAGCAGCGUCAUGUCGCUGGGCAGGAUGAGCUAUGACCAGCGUUCCUUGUCCAGCUCCCGGAGCUCCUACUAUGGACCCUGGGGCCGCAGCGGGACCUGGGCCAGCCGUCGCUCCAGCUGGAACAGCCUGAAGCACAAGCCACCUUCAGCUGAGCACGAGUCCCUGCUCUCGGGGGAGCGUGGUGGCAGCUGCGUCAGGGCCUGUGAAGGUGCCCUGGAGGAGGCGCCGCCCCGCCCCGCCCCCCUGCAUGCCCCACAUGCCCACCACGUGCACCAUGGACCCCACCUUGCGCACCGCCACCGCCACCACCGCCGGACGCUGUCCCUCGAUACCAAGGACUCGGUGGACCUGGCAGAGCUAGUGCCCGUGGUGGGCGCCCACUCGCGAGCUGUUUGGAGGGUAGGGGGCCAGGCUCCGGGGCAUGAGGAUUGUAAUGGUAGAAUGCCCAACAUUGCCAAAGAUGUCUUCACCAAGAUGGAUGACCGCCGCGACCGUGGGGAGGACGAGGAGGAGAUCGACUACACCCUGUGUUUCCGCGUUCGCAAGAUGAUUGAUGUCUACAAGCCUGACUGGUGCGAGGUCCGUGAGGACUGGUCGGUCUACCUCUUCUCCCCUGAGAACAAGUUCCGGAUCCUGUGUCAGACCAUCAUUGCUCACAAGCUCUUCGACUACGUGGUCUUGGCCUUCAUCUUCCUCAACUGCAUCACCAUCGCUCUGGAGAGGCCCCAGAUUGAAGCUGGUAGCACUGAGCGCAUCUUCCUCACGGUGUCUAACUACAUCUUCACAGCCAUCUUCGUGGGCGAGAUGACGCUGAAGGUGGUUUCUCUGGGCCUGUACUUCGGUGAGCAGGCGUACUUACGCAGCAGCUGGAACGUACUGGAUGGCUUCCUAGUCUUUGUGUCCAUCAUCGAUAUCGUGGUAUCUGUGGCCUCCGCGGGGGGAGCCAAGAUUCUGGGGGUCCUCCGGGUUCUGCGGCUCCUACGCACCUUACGUCCUUUGAGGGUCAUUAGCCGGGCCCCUGGCUUGAAGCUGGUGGUAGAGACACUCAUCUCUUCCCUUAAGCCCAUCGGCAACAUCGUGCUCAUCUGCUGCGCCUUCUUUAUCAUCUUCGGCAUCCUGGGGGUGCAGCUUUUCAAGGGAAAGUUCUAUCAUUGCCUGGGAGUGGACACCCGAAACAUCACCAACAGAUCUGACUGUGUGGCGGCCAACUAUCGCUGGGUACAUCACAAAUACAACUUUGACAACCUGGGCCAGGCUCUGAUGUCUCUCUUUGUCUUGGCCUCCAAGGAUGGCUGGGUGAACAUCAUGUAUAAUGGAUUGGAUGCUGUUGCUGUGGACCAGCAGCCUGUGACCAACCACAACCCCUGGAUGCUGCUGUACUUCAUCUCCUUCCUACUCAUUGUCAGCUUCUUCGUGCUCAACAUGUUCGUGGGUGUGGUUGUGGAGAACUUCCACAAGUGCCGGCAGCACCAGGAGGCUGAGGAGGCGCGGCGGCGUGAGGAGAAGCGGUUACGGCGCCUGGAAAAGAAGCGCCGUAAGGCUCAGAGGCUGCCCUAUUAUGCCACCUACUGCCCUACGAGGCUGCUCAUCCACUCCAUGUGCACCAGCCACUACCUGGACAUCUUCAUCACCUUCAUCAUCUGCCUCAACGUGGUCACCAUGUCCCUGGAGCACUACAACCAACCUACAUCCCUAGAGACAGCCCUCAAGUACUGCAACUACAUGUUUACCACUGUCUUUGUGCUGGAGGCUGUGCUGAAGCUGGUGGCAUUUGGCCUGAGGCGUUUCUUCAAGGACCGAUGGAAUCAGCUGGACUUGGCCAUUGUGCUGCUGUCUGUCAUGGGCAUUACCCUGGAGGAGAUUGAGAUCAACGCAGCCCUGCCCAUCAAUCCUACCAUCAUUCGUAUCAUGCGUGUUCUGCGUAUUGCCCGGGUGUUGAAGCUGUUGAAGAUGGCCACAGGAAUGCGGGCCCUGCUGGACACCGUGGUACAGGCUCUGCCCCAGGUGGGCAACCUGGGUCUCCUCUUCAUGCUGCUCUUCUUCAUCUACGCUGCCCUGGGAGUGGAGCUCUUUGGAAAGCUGGUCUGCAAUGAUGAGAACCCGUGUGAGGGCAUGAGCCGGCAUGCUACCUUCGAGAACUUCGGCAUGGCCUUCCUCACGCUCUUCCAGGUCUCCACAGGCGAUAACUGGAAUGGCAUCAUGAAGGACACGCUGCGAGACUGCACCCAUGACGAGCGCAGCUGCCUAAGCAGCCUUCAGUUCGUGUCGCCCCUGUACUUCGUGAGCUUCGUGCUCACGGCUCAGUUCGUGCUCAUCAACGUGGUGGUGGCCGUGCUCAUGAAACACCUGGACGACAGCAACAAGGAGGCCCAGGAGGACGCGGAGAUGGAUGCCGAGAUCGAGCUGGAGAUGGCCCAUGGCCUGGGCCCUGGGCCUGGCCCCGGCCCCGGCCCCUGCCCCUGCCCCUGUCCUGGCCCGAGGCUGCCCACUAGUUCACCAGGAGCCCCCAGCCGUGGAUCAGGAGGGGCAGGUGCUGGGGGUGACAACGAUGCCCACCUGUGCCGGCACUGCUGCUCUCCAGCCCAGGAGACCCUGUGGCUGGACAGCGUCUCUUUAAUCAUCAAGGACUCCUUGGAGGGGGAGCUGACCAUCAUUGACAACCUGUCCGGCUCCAUCUUCCACCACUACUCUUCACCUGCUGGCUGUGACAAGUGUCACCAUGACAAGCAAGAGGUGCAGCUGGCUGAGACAGAGGCCUUCUCCCUGAACUCAGACAGGUCCUCGUCCAUCCUGCUGGGGGAUGACCUGAGUCUUGAGGACCCCACAGCCUGCCCACAGGGCCCCAAGGAGAGUAAGAGUGAGCUGGAGCCUCCGGAGGCCUUGCAGGCAGGAGACCUGGACGAAUGCUUUUUCUCCUUUGCCAAUGCGCCGGUGUCUGCAGGCCCAGAGAGCCUGCUGUGUGAGAUGGAGGCCAUCCCGUUCAAUCCCGUCCAGUCCUGGCUCAAACACGAGAGCAGGCAAGCACCGCCAAGCCCUUUCUCCCCAGAUGCCUCCAGCCCUCUCCUGCAGAUGCCUGCUGAGUUCUUUCACCCUGCUGUGUCCGCCAGCCAGAAGGGACAGGAACCGGGCAUGAGUGCAGGGACCCUGCCCAAGAUCGCCCUUCAGGGCUCCUGGGCAUCCCUGAGGUCACCAAGUGUCAACUGCACCCUCUUGCGUCAGGCUACUGUGAGCGACACGUCACUGGAUGCCAGCCCUAGCAGCUCAGCGGGCAGCCUGCAGACCACAUUGGAGGACAGUCUGACACUGAGCGACAGUCCCCGGCGUGCCCUGGGACCACCGGUCCCGUUGUCAGGGCCACGUGCUGGCCUGUCACCUGCCACCCGGCGCCGCCUCAGCCUGCGGGGCCGCGGCCUGUUCAGUCUGCGUGGGCUGCGGGCCCAUCAGCGCAGCCACAGCAGCGGCGGCUCCACCAGCCCGGGUUGCACCCACCACGACUCCAUGGACCCCUCUGAUGAGGAGGGCCGCGGGGGUGCAGGUGGCGGGGGUGCAGGCAGUGAGCACUCCGAGACCCUCAGCAGCUUGUCGCUCACGUCUCUCUUCUGCCCACCACCCACGCUGCCACCCCCGGGCCUCACCCCCUCCAGGAAGUUCAGCAGUACCAGCAGCCUGGCAUCUGGACCUGGCCGUCCUGGAGCCACUGUCUCCGCCCGCGGCCUGGCCAGGAGCCCCUCCUGGGCUGCAGACCGCAGCAAGGACCCACCAGGCCAGGCCCAGCUGGCCUCAGGCUUGGGCUCCUCAGCACCUGAACCGCAGCCGCCUCCUGGGGAGCUGGAGUCAACUGAUGCUGCCAGCAAGAGGAAGAGAUGAGGGGCCCACAGGGGCUGCGGGGGGAACCUGCCACCCGCUGUCCGCCCGCCUGCCCCGUCUUGCCUUCUUUUACCUCAGGAGCCAGGGAGCAGACAGCAAUACUUUGCCCACACCUGGGAGUGGCAUAGGGGCCAGCCAGCACCAGGCCACUGGGCAGACGACUGAGGAGGGUCUGGGUUAGCUGAGGCUCAGAUGUGGCCCCAUCCGUGGCCCUUCCAGUGCUUAUGCAGAUAUAUACAUAUAUACAUAUAUAUAGAGAGACAGACAUAUAUUUAUUUAUUUUUUUUACUGAGAGCUUAUGAAUUCCAGAAAGUGCUAAAGUUGAAGGUACAGGCCAGGGCCCAGACAGGGGUCUCGUCUGUUGGUUAGGACACAGGCUUGCACAGCACGGACGCUCCCGUUGGGGCAUCGGUGGCUGUAGUUUCGGGUAUCUCCCACAGUUGAGAGCAGCUUGGGAGGAUGUUCAGGGCCCAGGAGACAGAAGAGAUGCAAUUCAGGGUGCACUUUUUUUCCCUUUUAAAGAAGAGACGCUGCUAAGACCCCCAAUCUCUACCCACAUGUCGGGGUAUCAGUCUUGUCCCUCUGACUAUCGCGUUGUGAAGUCUUUCGUAGACGCUCUGACACACAGACUUUCUUAGUUAACCAGCUAGAUGUUCUCUUUAGAAAAACCGGGGGGGGGGGUUGUUUAGUCAUUUCUUAGAGCAGGGUUGGGGGAUAGGACAGUUCUGAGGCUGGGCAGGGGGCUCAGUGUGCAGGUCAAGUUUUGACUUCUGUGAGCACUUUGGGGGACAGUUCAACUCCCCAGGAAGGCAGCAAACAGGAAUAAUUCAUGCAACCCGCCCUGAGCAACCUUACCCCUGCCCCAGGGGUAUUUGGGGUAACAGCAAAUCUAAAGGGGGCUCUGCGUACCUGCCUAAAGCCUGACUCCAGCCUUUCCCCAUCCAGGACCCCCAGCCAGUUACCUGGACAUUCACAUCCUCCAAUUCCUGCUUACUCCUGAGUAUGUCUUGCUGUUUCAAGCUGCAGGUCGGGUCUCACGAUGGUAGUGCUUUCCAGUCUCACAAUGAGUUCAGGAUGGGUUUUUUUUU